AUGGUUGCUAGUUUGCCGUUGCUGUCGCUGGUUUCAGCUUGUUUGGCCUCUUCUUUGCCGGUGGUUGACUUGGGCUAUGAGCGCCACAAGGCUAUCUCAUUUAAUAGUUCCCACGGUCUCUAUAAUUUCAGCAACAUCCGUUACGCCGCUCCUCCGAUUGGCGACCUGAGAUUUCGGGAACCUGUGCUCCCAACGCAGAACCGAGAUCAAAUCCAGAAUGGAACUGUUGGCAGGAUCUGUCCCCAAUCAAUGCCAAUGUGGGAGGCCAUCGAGCAAACUUUCCUGUUAAGUUACUUGUACAACAAGACUUUCACACUCUCCACCAACAUCUCGUCCUAUCCGUACGAACCAGCCGCCCAAGACCCACGUACCACCGAGGACUGCCUUUUCCUCGAUGUGGUCGUUCCGAAGAAAGUCUUCGAUCGCACGAAGAAGAAAAAACCCUCGCAUUUGGGGAAAGACCUGGCGCCCGUGCUGGUAUGGAUCUAUGGUGGAGGAUAUGUGGCGGGCGAAAAGAGUAGCUCGGAUCCUACUGGGUUGAUCCAGCGGAGCAUGCUUUCAGGUGAUGGAAUCGUAUAUGUUGCCUUGAACUACAGGCUGGGCGCAUUUGGCUGGCUUGGUGGUGACAGUAUCACGUCCAAUGGCACAGCCAAUGCAGCACUACACGAUCAGCGCUUCGCCCUUGACUGGGUCUACAAGAACAUACACUUAUUCGGUGGCGAUGCGACCCGAGUCACAGUUAUGGGAGAAUCCGCUGGAGGCGGAUCCAUACUCCACCAGAUCACCGCGUACGGAGGCACCCGAGGGCCAUCCCCAUUCAGACAGGCCAUCAUGCAGAGCCCCGGCUGGGUACCAGUCAUUAGCGAGGAGCAGCAAGAGAGUACACUUCAGCAGUUCCUAGGGAUCUUGAACGUCAGCACGAUCGAAGAAGCCCGCAAGCUACCUUCAGCUAGGUUGAUUGCCGCCAAUGCUUACCAAGUAUCAACCAAGUCCGAAUGGGGCCAGUUCACAUACGGCCCUACUGUAGACGGGACAUUUGUUCCUGCUUUGCCAGGCCAGCUCUUGCUCAGCGGCGACUUCGAUCACAAUCUCAACAUCAUGGUUGGUCACAACGCCGAUGAAGGACUCAUAUUUACCUCGCCGGAUAGCCUGAACAGUAGUGGCCUGAUGUCUCAGUUUGCGAGACUAUCGCCGAACACCCCGAAGAACGUAUCAGAAUUCAUCACGGACGUUCUCUACCCGGCGGUGUAUAACGGCUCCUACGGGUAUAACGACUCAGUGCAGCGCACCGCGCUGGCUAUCUCCGAUCUCAUCUUCCAAUGUAACACCGACUACAUCAACCGGGCGUUCUUGAAUCGGACGUAUUCGUAUGAAUUCAGUAUCCCACCCGCAUUACAUGGCCAGGAUGUCCCGUACACGUUCUACAACAAUGGAUCGUCUAGUGCCUCUUCUGAGAGUUCCUCUUCAUCCUCGAUCGCUAAUGUGACAGUGGCGUUGGCCAUGCAAGACUUUUUCACGAGCUUUGUUCAGCAUGGCGUGCCCAAUUCCCGCUUGGCGUCGGCGUUCAAGAUGCAUAGCAAGCAGGGUCUGCUUAUGAAUAUUGAUCAGAGUACCAUCCAGGAGGUGCAAGACCCGACUAACAAUGCGCGUUGUCGGUUCUGGCAAACUGCGCCCUAUUAUGUCCCGGCAUGA